AUGGCGAUGGAGGCUGCUGACCGGUCUCUCCCAAAGACUGACGAAGAGUGGAGGGGGCUGUUGACACAGGAAGAAUACAGAGUUCUCAGGGGGAAGGGAACGGAGCGCGCCGGCACUGGAGAGUACAACAAGUUCUACCCUGCGGUUGGUUGUUUUGUUUGCCGAGGGUGCGCAACGCCUCUUUUUCCUGCCAAAAGCAAAUUCGAUUCUGGCUGCGGAUGGCCUGCAUUCGAUAGUGCCUACAAGGGCAAAGUAACAGCCCUUGAGGACCUGAGCAUGGGUGUGAAGCGCUGGGAAAUCAUCUGCAACACCUGCGGUGGUCAUCUAGGCCAUGUAUUUUUCGGGGAACGAUUCACAAGUACAAACGAACGCCACUGCGUAAACUCUAUUUCGAUCAAAUACCAAAAGGAGGAGCCCUCACCGCUUCUUGAAACAGAAUUACUCAAGGCUAAAGUUAAAGAUGCGGAUGCAUUGUAG